AUCUUUCAUUUCGUGUCUCCAACAACAGUCAACAAAGAGAUGAGAAUUCAUCGCCAUUUUCUCCCAAAACCUUCUACUGGUUUCUGCAAUUUCAAUUUCAAUUUCUCCUCCAUUGCAAUUGCUUCACCAUUUGUGCUUCAAACCAGACCUUUCUGCUCCUCCAUAGCUUCUCAAAUGUCAUCUCUACCCCACCUCACUCACACAAUCACCUUACCUAUCCAACCCACCGAACCGAUCCAAAUCGUCGCAUCACCUGGUGUCUCCGAUUCCGAUUUCAGGAAUGCUAUUGACUCGUCUUUGUUUAAACAAUGGCUGAAGAACAUGCAAACAGAAACAGGAAUCCUUGCUAAUGGAAACAUGUCUCUGAAACAAGUACUUAUUCAGGGGGUAGACAUGUUUGGAAAUCGAAUUGGGUUUUUUAAGUUCAAAGCUGAUGUAAUUGAUAAGCAAACAGGAGCAAAGGUACCGGGGAUUGUGUUUGCAAGAGGGCCAGCAGUUGCUGUGUUGAUACUUUUAGAGUCGGAUGGUCAAACAUAUGCUGUCCUAACUGAACAAGUGAGAGUACCUGUUGGGAGACUUAUUUUGGAACUGCCUGCUGGGAUGCUUGAUGACGAUAAUGGUGAUUUUUUGGGGACAGCAGUUAGAGAGGUUGAAGAGGAGACAGGUAUCCAAUUGAAUUUACAUGAUAUGGUUGAGCUCACUGCACUUUUAGAUCAAUCAACUGGAAGGAGAGUUUUUCCUUCUCCGGGAGGUUGCGACGAAGAAAUUAGCUUGUUCUUAUACCGAGGCCACGUCGACAAAGAGGUGAUAACUCAAUUGCAAGGAAAGGAGACGGGUCUUAGAGACCAUGGAGAGCUCAUAAAGGUACAUGUAGUUCCAUAUGAAAAGCUUUGGCGAGCAACAGCCGAUGCAAAAGCUCUCAUGGCAAUUGGGUUGUAUGAAAUGGCGAAGAAAGAAGGAUUGUUGCCUCUAGAUUCUUCAAAUCAAGUAUUAAAGGACUAAUGAGACCUAUGUUUUGAUGAUCAUUUGUGUGUAAUAUAUUCUUCUCAAAAUCAGAUUUUAGGAUUCUUGUAAAGAGGUUUUUAAUCAAAUGCCCCAUAAACCCAU